AUGGAAGCUCACAAGCCAGAGUAUCAACAUUUCAUUCCUCAGUUUCUACUGAGAAACUUCUCUCACAAACAUGCGCCCACCAAUAAGUCCAAAGCGGGGAAACCCAAGAAGCGCGACCGCAAGAAGAUGUAUCCUGGAGAGCAAGCGGUGAACAGCCUUUGCCUAUCUGAUGAAUUUUUCCUUGAUGAAUGCUCGGUAAGGCGCGCCUGUGGCUUGGAAAAUAUGUACGUGGAUACGGCAAAACCGUUGGAGCAUCAAGGCCAUCUGGAGAAAAAGUUUGGCAUCCUUGAGAACAAGGCGAGCUGCAUCUAUCGCAAAAUCAUCAAGGCAUAUGAAAAUGGAAAGCCGGCCAUAUUGCUGAAGAGAACUGAAAAAGAUGUAUUGCGCAAGUUUAUGUUCUUGCUCACCUAUCGUGGAGAGCAAUACCACCGAAAGUACAACUUGGACAGCAUACAGGAUUAUGAUGAAGGCGACAAAGAACUUUUGCAGUUUUACAUGGCGAAGCACGGCUUCACCAAACCAAUUGAUGUCUGGCUCCAGAGCUUGGAGACGAUCAUAGAUUUGGACAUUGACCCAGAAGGAUGUUGGAAACGGCGUAUUCGCGAGAGCAUUUACCUCCCCAUUGCCGACUGGUUCAUCGACCAUAUCUGCGACAUGUACAUGGCCAUAUGCACACCGGUAAACCAUGACGAAGAGUUUGUUCUUACAGACAAUUGCUACAACGUAAGUGAAGGGCAGACUACUGCUUAUUAUGAUAAAAGUACAGGCAAACACAUGAACUUGUGUCCUUGCUUUCACAAAUUUGCACCGAUUUCUCCGAAACUUAUGAUAGUCCUACGGUCUAACCAUCUGCCUGAACCACUUGAGGAUGCGGAUCCGGCCGUUGAGCAGUGGCGGCAACUCCAGAGGCAGCUGUGGAUUGACUGUCAAUUUGGCACCGGAACUAAAUCUAUUCUGGAAGAUCUCCGUAUCCAUAAAGCAAUGAAUGGCAACAUAGAGAUUGUCAACGGGAGGCUGACGCCAAAAGCUGGAUGGAACCAGCGCCUGGGUAUAAACGACAUUUUCUGCUUCACAAUCUUUAAAAUAUCUACUCGCCAUGUCCGAACCAUCAAUGGUCUCCUGAUUGAUCACGCAUUCCAUGGCUCGAAGAUCAUUUUCAAUCGGAAAGACGUCUUCCUAGACUUGAUAGAAUGGUAUCUAACAGAACCGUGCGAGGUGGGGAAAAAUCUGAUUGGAAAGAACACAUUCAAACAAUUGGAGUACAUCAAGGGUUUGUCUGAUUUUAUGUUACGCGAAGGGAGGGAGAUUAAUCCUACAAUGAAAAUUUGGCCAAGCGAGGAUCGCGACCUGGAGCAAUUCCAGCUUCAGAACAUUGCUGGAGCGCGGUUCCUUGAAGAGAUGAGGUAUGGAAAGGGCGGCAUAGGCUCUGGCUUUAUUGCAGUCUAUAAGAGAUUGGGUAUUACACUUCUUUGUCUAUAA